GCUCAAGGAGAGAGCUGCACUCCAGUUCUGAAAUCUCUCCCAAGAAAGCGAAAUGGUCCAGCAUUGUCACCUCUCCCCCAUUAUCCCUCUUCUCAGACGGUGACAGUUCUAAGUCUGAAAAUACCUUGAGUCCCUCUGAGAGACCCAAAGAGGCCUGGAGCAGAUCCCCAACCCCCAAAAGCAGCCCACAGAAGACUAGGCAAAGCCCUCAGACACUGAAGCGGAGCCGGGUGACCACCUCCCUUGAGGCUCUGCCCUCAGGGACAGUGCUAACUGACAAGAGUGGGCGAUGCUGGAAGCUGGGAUCCCUCCAGACCAGGGAUGACCAGGGAAUUCUCUAUGAAGCUGAGCCAGCCUCUGUCCUCCCCUGCAAGUCAGGUCCCCAGAAACAAAGAUUCUCACUCAAACUGGAUGCUAAGGAUGGACGCUUGUUCAAUGAGCAGAACUUCUUCCAGCGGGCUGCCAAGCCUCUGCAAGUGAGCAAGUGGAAGAAGCUGUACUCAACCCCCCUACUGGCCAUCCCCACCUGUGUCGGUUUUGGUGUUCACCAGGACAAAUACAGGUUUUUGGUGUUCCCCAGCCUGGGGAGGAGCCUUCAUUCAGCCCUGGAUGACAACCCGAAGCAUGUGAUGUCAGAGAAGGCCGUGUUCCAGGUGGCAUACAGACUGCUGGAUGCCCUGGAGUUCCUCCAUGAAAAUGAGUACGUUCAUGGAAAUGUGACAGCUGAGAAUGUCUUUGUGAAUCCAGAGGAUCUGAGCCAGGUGACCCUGGUGGGCUAUGGCUUCACCUUCCGCUAUUGCCCAAGUGGCAGACAUGUGGCCUACAUGGAAGGCAGCAGGAGCCCACAUGAGGGAGACCUCGAGUUCAUUAGCAUGGACCUACACAAGGGAUGUGGGCCCUCCCGCCGCAGUGACCUCCAGACCCUAGGCUACUGUAUGCUGAAGUGGCUCUUUGGGUUCCUGCCCUGGACGAACUGCCUUCCCAACACCGAGGAUAUCAUGAAGCAGAAACAGAAGUUUCUUGACAACCCAGAGCCCCUCGUGGGACUGUGUGGCCGCUGGAUGAGGCCCUCAGAGACCCUGCAGGAGUACCUGAAGGUGGUGAUGGCCCUCAAGUAUGAUGAGAAGCCACCCUACAGCAUGCUGAGGAACAAUCUGGAAACCCUGCUGCAGGAUCUGAGAGUGUCACCCUAUGACCCCGUUGACCUCAAGAUGGUGUCGUAGGUGGAAUCCAAAUGGGAAAAGUUUAACUUUCAACUUGCAGUUUGAAAUAGAAAAAAAAAAAUGAAGCAGUUCGACUCAAAGCCUGCUGUUUAAUCACAGAUAAGCUUCUAGAAGAAUCCUUGGAAUGUGCAUUCCUGCCACUUUUUUAGGCAUCACUCAUCAGUCUCUAUUAACAUCAGGGAACCCGGCAUUUACCCUCCAGAUAAUGUGAAGUUUCUUCUUUCAGCCAUCCCAUCCUUUCAGCCAUCAUCUCCGGCCAGCCACUGGGGGUGUGGAUGGAGAAGACGGGGUUGGGCCAGCCCUUCAGGGGGGAUCCCUCCUACCAUUGACACCACUAGGCUUUACUAAUAAAUUGUUUUCUUAGAGUUUAGCGAG